AUGACGAAGCCUGUCAUCGGUCUGCUUGGCGGCGGUCAACUAGGCCGGAUGCUUUGCGAAGUAGCCGGACCUUUAGGUGUUCAGAUUGCGGUCCUUGAUGCCGAGGGCAGCCCCGCCAAACAGGCAAACCACAACGACCUCCACGUCACCGGUUCGUUCAAAGAUCGUGAAAAAAUCAAGGAACUAGCAUCACGAAGUGACUUGCUCAGCAUUGAGGUCGAGCACGUGGAUACCGAGAUCCUAGAAGAAAUAGCGACAAAGGGCGUUGACGUGCAAGGCGCUGAUGGCAAGACUUUCAAGAAAAAAGUGCCUGUUCAUCCGUCAUGGAAAACCAUUCGCCUAAUUCAGAACAAGUACGAGCAGAAGGAGUACUUCAUCAAGGAAGGCAUUCCGGUGGCAGAGCAAAUUGCUAUCAGUUCCGGCGACGAGGAUGAAUGUAAAGCCUCGCUGCAGGAAGCGGCCACCAAGUUCGGUCUACCAUUCAUGCUCAAGGCGAGGAAGGAUUCCUACGACGGACGUGGUAACUAUAAGGUCAAGACUCCGCUGGACUUUGAGAUCGCUGCCAAGGAAAUGGGUAAGCAACUCCUCUAUGCUGAGAGAUGGGUACCAUUCAAGAUGGAACUGGCCGUUAUGGUAAUCAGACUGGAAGACGACGACGGAAACCUGAUCAAGGUCGUCCCUUAUCCUGUCGUUGAAACGAUACACGAAGAUUCUAUUUGCACAAAGACUUUCUACCCGCCACGGAAUGUGACAGAUGACGUCAAGUCAAAGGCUCAAAAAGUAGCAUGCGACGUCAUUGCUAGCCUUUGGGGUCGGGGUGUCUUCGCAGUCGAGAUGUUUUUGCUCGAGGACGGUCGCAUCCUUGUAAACGAAGUUGCGCCACGUCCCCAUAACUCUGGCCACUACACCAUAGAGGCUGUUCCCCAACUUUCACAAUAUAAGGGACAGCUCCUUGCGGUGACUAAUAAUGUACCCGAUGAUUUGGUACUUGAGCCACGAGUGCCCUCCGCGAUCAUGGUCAACAUCCUCGGCGGUGCCAAGUCAAGUUCACACGAUAGACUGGUUCAGCUCACGCAAAAAAUGGGCAGCUCCUCCAUGGACGUUCAUCUACACCUGUACGGCAAAGAGUCAAAGCCAGGCAGGAAAAUCGGACAUGUCACAGCCAUUGGCUACUCCUCCAUUCAAAGGCUAGAAGAGCAGGCUAUGCCUUUGAUUACCUGCGUUGAUGAAAUCCGCGCCGAGCGUGUUGGUGAGACACUCUCAAAGGCACCUGUCAGCAAAGCAAAGGGUGUGCCCUUGGUUGCAGUAACCAUGGGCUCUGAUUCCGACCUAACAGUAAUGAGUGCUGGUUUGAAGAUCCUGGAUCAAUUUGAAGUUCCUUAUGAAGUGCGCAUCACCUCCGCUCACCGAACUCCAGAGCUCAUGACGAAAUUCGCGGAAGAAGUGUCAAAAGGGGGUGUCAAGGUCAUCAUAGCUGGUGCUGGUGGUGCUGCACAUCUACCGGGAAUGAUCUCGUCUGAGACACAUCUGCCCGUGAUUGGGGUGCCAGUAAAGGCUUCUGUGCUGGACGGCGUAGACUCCCUUUAUUCCAUCGUGCAGAUGCCACGAGGUGUACCGUGUCUGACAAUCGGAAUCAACAACUCAACAAAUGCCGCGCUGUCAGCAAUUCGAAUUCUUGGUACCACGUUCCCAGAAUAUGCUCAGCGCAUGCAGGCGUACCAGAAGAAGUUGAAGGAUGAGGUUUAUGCAAAGGAUGAGAAGCUACAGGAGAUCGGCCAUGAGGCGUAUCUGAAGGAGAUGCUGGCAAAGAAAUAA